UCCAAGUGCUUAGAAAUGGUUUCUUUGAGGACCUGGUCCAUGAUUUUUCUGGGGACUGAGGUGAAGAAGAUGGGAGCCCUUGGGCUGCUAGCCAUGGAUGUGCCAGAGGAGUACAGCGGGGCAGGGCUUGAUUACCUGGCCUAUUCCAUUGCUGUGGAGGAGAUAAGCAGGGGCUGUGCCUCCACAGGGGUCAUCAUGAGCGUCAAUAAUUCUCUGUAUUUAGGUCCAAUAUUGAAGUUUGGCUCUGAAGAGCAGAAACUUAAGUGGAUCACACCCUUCACCAGUGGAGACAAGAUAGGGUGUUUUGCCCUCAGUGAACCAGGAAAUGGCAGCGAUGCAGGAGCUGCUUCCACAGUGGCAUCACUGGAUGGUGAUGAGUGGAUCCUGAAUGGCACCAAAGCUUGGAUCACCAAUGCCUGGGAUGCCUCUGCUGUUGUCGUAUUUGCUACUACAGACAAAUCCCAGAAACACAAGGGCAUCAGUGCCUUCCUGGUUCCCAUGCCAACCCCUGGGCUCUCACUGGGGAAGAAAGAAGACAAGCUGGGAAUCCGAGCCUCCUCCACCGCCAAUCUGAUAUUUGAGGACUGUCGGAUCCCCAAGGCCAAUCUACUGGGGCAGCUGGGGAUGGGCUUCAAAAUCGCCAUGCAAACCCUGGACACAGGCAGGAUUGGGAUUGCCUCCCAGGCCCUUGGAAUAGCUCAGGCAGCUCUGGACUGUGCUGUGGAUUAUGCGGAGAAGAGAGUGGCAUUUGGUUCACCCAUUACUAAACUGCAGGCUAUUCAGUUCAAGCUGGCAGACAUGGCACUAGCCCUGGAGAGCGCGCGCCUGCUGACCUGGAGAGCAGCCAUGUUGAAGGACAAUGGGAAGCCUUUCACCAAGGAAGCUGCAAUGGCCAAGCUGGCUGCAUCAGAGGCUGCAACUGCCAUUUCCCAUCAGGCUAUCCAGAUUCUAGGCGGGAUGGGCUACGUGACAGAAAUGCCAGCAGAGCGGCACUACCGUGAUGCUCGAAUCACAGAGAUCUAUGAGGGAACCAGUGAGAUCCAGAGACUGGUGAUAGCAGGUCAGCUGCUGAGGGAGUACCGGAGCUAAAGCAGCUAGUUGGAGAAGAAUCCAGUCUAAGUGCCUAAUAACCGGUGUGCAGAAGGGAGGAGGAGAGAACGUGAAAAUGCCUUCAUCUGUCCACCAAUCAUUUUGGUAAACAGGCUGAUUCUCUAUGGGGAAGGGAUUGGCCAACACACAAUUUGUCAAAAAAAUUUCAUGUCUUCUGGGUUUAUAAAUGUGACAAAUGAACGGCUCUACCACCAAGCUUGCCUUCAGAGUAAAAGAGGGUUCAGGGCUCUUAAAAGGGAGUGUUUGCUUUGACCAAGGCACUCACCAGCUGGUGUUAGAUGCUGCCACUACCUCAGACUCGCACACAGUUUACCAUCAUAUCUAAUUUUGCUAAGGAUGGCUCUGAUUCUGAUCUCUGAAUAACUGGUUGCAUUUAUUAGCCUUUCCUAUACCUGUCACAUCACUUGAAGGUAAUUUGUCCUCACCUGGUGCCAAUGACAAAGCUAAACUGAAAUGAUGGGGUUAAUUACUAGCUAAUGUGAAAAGUCCAAAUGGGAGAGGUAGCGUGUUCUGUUCUUGUAGAUUUUUGCUCUGACAGUAGGAAUGCAGCACAAAGGGAACUUCCUUAAAGGUUACUUACAUUGGGGUCAUGGGUACCAACUGAGAGUAAGGUCCAUUUGUACUACCCUAGACUGAUUGUUGCACUACCUCUUCAUGGUGGUUUUUAAUGAAUUGCACAUGUUGAA